UAAAUCCAAGUUUGCCAUCCAGAGAGACGAAAACACGGCCAAUAAAAAAGAGUAAACAAAUAUCGAGGAAGAAGAAAGCUGUAGAGAGAAGAAGAAGUCAAGAUAGAGAGAAAGAGACAGCAAAUGGCGGAGGAGACGAAGGAGAACGAAGAAGAGAGGGUGAAGCUGUUCGUCGGACAAGUUCCGAAGCACAUGACGGAGGACCAGCUCCUCCCAUUGUUCCAGGAGUUCUCCAUCGUACACGAAGUCAACAUCAUUAAGGACAAGAUAACGCGAGCUUCCCGAGGAUGUUGCUUUGUGAUAUGUCAUUCAAGAGAAGAAGCAGACAAAGUGGUCAAUGGUUGCCAUAACAAGAAGACAUUGCCUGGGGCUUCUAGUCCGUUGCAAGUUAAGUAUGCAGAUGGCGAGGUUGAAAGACUAGAGCACAAACUUUUCGUUGGUAUGCUUCCAAAGAAUGUCACUGAAGCUGAAGUCUCAUCCUUAUUCUCCAAAUAUGGAACCAUAAAGGAUGUGCAGAUUCUAAGAGGGUCUCUACAAACUAGCAAAGGCUGUGUCUUUCUGAAAUAUGAGUCUAAAGAACAAGCUGUCGCUGCUAUGGAGGCCAUUAACGGAAAACAUAUAGUGGAGGGUUCGAAUGUUCCUUUGGUUGUCAAAUGGGCAGACACAGAAAGGGAAAGACAAGCCCGAAGACUUCAGAAAGCUCAAUCUCAUGCCUCCAGACUCGCUAACUCUGACCCACAGUAUCCUUCUGUGUUUCGAGCCUUACCAAUGAGUUAUGUUCCUCCUUAUAAUAGAUAUGGCUAUCAUGCACCUGGAAAUUAUGGGUACAUGCUACCACCUAUCCAGACUCAACCUGCAUUUAACAGUAUGGUUUCACCGAACCAUGGUGCCAAUAAUGCAUCGCAAGGAGCCACUUUGACCGAGUCUGUUCCACCGCGUUUAGCCGCCCGUAGAAACUUCCAUAUGCCUCUAGGAAACUAUAGUUAUCAUGGUCUUCAGUAUCCAAUGGCGUUUCCUAGAGGGAUGAUCAGUUCUCGCCUUCCUCUAACCACGGUUUCACAUGGCAGUUCAAACAACGGCGCAUCGACACCUAGCUCGCUGCAAACUGAAGGACCGGCAGGUGCAAAUCUAUUUAUCUAUAACAUACCUCGAGCAUUCGGGGAUCGAGAACUUGCGGUUGCAUUUCAACCGUUUGGUAAGGUUGUAAGCGCCAAGGUUUUUGUAGACAAGGCCACUGGUGUAAGCAAAUGUUUUGGAUUCAUUAGUUAUGACUCACAAGAAGCUGCUCAAAACGCUAUUAACACGAUGAACGGUUACCAAUUAAGCGGUAAGAAGUUGAAAGUUGAGGUCAAGAGAGAAAACGGCCAACAACAACAGAGUAACAAACCUGUAAACAGCUGAAAGAUCAUCAUUGUUAAGAGUCCACAGGCAGGCGGGACGGUUAACAACAAACUGGUUAAGACAUUAAAGAUUUGGAUGGAUCAUGAAUGAGAUUAAAACUUGAGUACAAAAGUUGCUGGUCGUUAUUAACUUUUGCCAGUUCGAAAGAAAAAAAGAAGUCAACUGUCACGUGGUUCAGAAACUCUCAAUUACUCAGAAAGGCUGUAGCUUGCUGCAAAAGGUUCUCUUCCAUUUACUUUUUUCAUUUUCUUUAAAAUCGCAAUACUACAGUUUGUAAUUUAUGCUUCAUUGAAAGGUAAAAUUUUAUGAUUAUUUAACCAUUACAUAUUCAAUUGAUCAUGUCUUUUUGUUC